ACCCGGCUGGCUGAGGACUCCUCGGACGCGGGUGAUUUGCGUCAUUAGGAGGCGCGGCGGUGCUUCCAGUGACUUGAAUGCUGAAGUCAAGAAUAGCAAGCAUGUCUGGCUAUGUACUGUUCUCGCGUGGGGCGACUGCGGCGGCAGCUGCGGCGCGAGCUUCCCGCGUGCUGAGGGUGUUCACGGAGAGGCGCCGCACGCUGCACACCAGUCUGCAGAGCUGCUCGUUCGCCAAGGAGCUCUUCCUGGGUCACAUCGAGCAGAAAGGAGUUUUCCCAUUCCCAGAGGUUAGUCAAGAAGAACUUAGUGAAAUCAAUCAGUUUGUGGGACCGUUGGAAAAGUUCUUUAAUGAAGAAGUGGACUCUCGAAAAAUUGACCAGGAGGGAAAAAUCCCAGCUGACACCUUAGCGAAGUUGAAGAGCCUGGGACUUUUUGGCAUUCAGGUCCCAGAAGAAUAUGGUGGCCUGGGCCUCUCCAACACGAUGUAUGCCCGGCUUGGGGAGAUCAUCAGCACAGAUGCGUCCAUCACAGUGACCCUGGCAGCACACCAGGCUAUUGGCCUCAAGGGGAUUAUCCUGGUCGGCAAUGAGGAACAGAAGGCCAAGUAUCUGCCCAAACUGUCGUCUGGGGAACACAUCGCAGCCUUCUGCCUAACUGAGCCAGCCAGUGGGAGUGAUGCUGCCUCCAUCCAGACCAGAGCUACGUUAAGUGAAGAUAAGAAGUACUUUGUUCUCAAUGGCUCCAAGGUUUGGAUCACUAAUGGAGGGCUGGCCAAUAUUUUUACUGUGUUUGCAAAAACUGAGGUGGUUGAUUCUGAUGGUUCGAUAAAAGACAAAAUGACCGCAUUCAUAGUAGAACGAGACUUUGGUGGAAUCACUAAUGGGAAACCUGAAGAUAAAUUAGGCAUUCGAGGCUCCAACACAUGUGAAGUCCAUUUUGAAAAUACCAGAGUGCCGGUGGAGAAUGUCCUUGGAGAAGUUGGGGGUGGCUUUAAGGUGGCCAUGAACAUCCUCAACAGUGGACGAUUCAGCAUGGGCAGUGCUGUGGCCGGGAUGCUCAAGAAACUGAUUGAACAGACUGCUGAGUAUGCCUGUACGAGGAAACAGUUCAAUAGGAAUCUCAGUGAAUUUGGGCUGAUUCAGGAAAAGUUUGCGCUCAUGGCUCAGAAGGCGUAUGUAAUGGAGAGUAUGGCUUACCUCACUUCAGGGAUGCUAGACCAACCAGGAUUUCCCGACUGCUCUAUCGAGGCAGCCAUGGUGAAGGUGUUUAGCUCUGAGGCUGCCUGGCAGUGUGUGAGCGAGGCUCUGCAGAUCCUUGGGGGCUCAGGCUACAUGAAGGACUACCCUUAUGAGCGCAUGCUACGUGAUGCCCGCAUUCUCCUAAUUUUUGAGGGAACCAAUGAGAUUCUUCGGUUGUUCAUUGCCCUGACAGGCCUGCAGCAUGCUGGACGCAUCCUGACCUCGAGGAUCAAAGAGCUCAAAAGUGGCAAUGUGACCACAGUCAUGGAGACGAUUGGUCGGAAGCUUCGGGACUCGCUGGGCCGAACUGUAGACCUGGGGCUAUCGAGCAAUAUUGCUGUUGUCCACCCCAGUCUUGGAGACAGUGCCAACAAGCUGGAAGAAAAUGUGCAUUACUUUGGCCGGACUGUUGAGACCCUGUUACUCCGAUUUGGAAAGACCAUUGUAGAGGAACAGCUGGUGUUGAAGCGGGUAGCCAACAUCCUCAUCAACCUGUAUGGCAUGACCGCUGUGCUGUCAAGGGCCAGCCGCUCCAUCAGAAUUGGGCUCAAGAAUCACGACCAUGAGAUUCUGUUGGCCAACAUGUUCUGCGUGGAAGCUUAUUUCCAGAAUCUCUUCAGCCUGUCUCAGCUGGACAAGUACGCUCCAGAGAACCUGGAUGAACAGAUUAAGAAGGUGUCUCAGCAGAUCCUUGAGAAGCGAGCCUACAUCUGUGCCCACCCUCUGGACAGAACAUCCUGAGGCUGGAACCGUGUACCCACCUAGCCCAGGUUAACAUAAUCCAGCCUCUUCAGAAGACAGAAACGUUGGGGUCAUCUGUGUGGACUGUAUGUCGUUUGCAUACACUAACCCCUUUCUUCUCUGAGGAAAAGCAAUACUUAGGUGUUGACCUGUAGGCCCUGUAUCUAGAGGAAUCCCUUCUCCUGCAAGGAAGGAAGUACUGACCAAAUUGUUGAAGAAAGAAAGAAAAACAAUCAAUGCUGAUGGCUCCUGUGUGUGACUGCAGGAAUACAUCUCAGUGGACAUGGGCCCACUUUUAAGAUACAAGGCUCACAGUGAACUAAGAUUUGAGCAGCCAUUCCUUCUCAAUCAUGUGUUGAAGAGAGCCGGAGAAGUUGAGUCUAUACCACUCACUUGAGACUGUUUCCAAUCUGUGUCAGGAAUCACUUAAAGAAUACACAGGAUCACAUUUGUUUCUCAUGUAGACUGUUCUUCAGUCCAUGACUGUGAGGGGUUGCAACAUUGUAACAAUAAAAUUUCUUCUUGGGUAUUUUCAGGUUCGGA